CAGUCGUUCAAGCGAGCACGUUUCCAUAACAAAGGGACGACGCGAAAGGGAUCAUUAGCUAUAUGGAGCAAGACUUAAAUUGAAGCAACGUCUGUGGCGAGUUCGUACUAUCGAGGGCUGUCAAUGUAACAUAGGCUACUAUUUACCGCUAGGGGGCAGUGACGCUCACACCAACCGGGUGUACAUAGUAUUGACAGUAGAGGUAGCUACCCGGUCGGGAGUAACGUCGGGUGGAUUCACAUGGUGGGGUGAGGCAGGGGUGAACCGACCCCAGGUGACCGCAGAUGACAGGUUCUCUGGACAAGUGGAUACUGCUUGUCCUUGUAGCACGUUCACAGGCCUGUAUCGACGCAGACGGAAAUUUCACCUGCCAAACAGCCUGGUACUUCUGGUUUGCUAUCUUCUGCGCCUUCCUGGUGUUGUUCAUCGUCGUCGUCUGUGUCGUGAACCACUGCAACAAGAAGAAAAAUGCUGUUGACUCCACGGCAACCCCGCGCGUGCUGUCUGCUAUCAACAAGGAGCGCCGGAGGGGCCGAACUUCCAGCCGGGGUAGCGACACAUCCGAUUGGAACGAGGAACAUUCAAAACCAGCGAAUCAGGAACCAAGAUAUCCAUAACCAGCCAAUCAGGACUGAAGACAUUCAAAACCAACCAAUCAGGAGUCAAGAUAUUUACAAUCAACCAAUCAGACGUGGCAUCUGUCUUAAAUCGCCAAUCAAAGUUUUCUCUUAGAACAAGAGUUCCAUCCAACCUAAUCGACAUGAUUUUCAACUGAUCGAUCAAGAAAGUUCCUUUCUAAUGGGGCCUGCAGGUUAGACUGGCAUGGGGGGUCAUAUAUUUCACCAGAAAUCCUCCAGCCAUGUUAUUAGGGUUCAUAACAACGUCAUCAUCCUAACCGAAGCCCCGGACACGUGUACGUCACGUUUCAGUUGCAACGGAGGUAGAAACUGCUCCCUGUGACAAGCGUUCACCUUUACUAUUUCUAGUUUUCGGAACAAGUUUUAUUUUUUUAUCGUUAGCAUUACACUGUUUUUAUGCUCAUGACAAUUAUUUUCCAACAAGCAAAGUUAUAAAAAUGAGUUUUCUUAUUCUCAAAAAAAAAGAUGACAGAUGUAAUGUGUACAUAAGCACUUGUAGCAUAGACGUGUUUUUCACUGAGAAACGAGAAGGAUAUUGUCCUGAAAGGAAAUUUAAAAACCAAAUGCCAACCUAGGCGUGAAAAGGUGUACUCGAUCUUCCAUUUCAACAGCAGUCAUAUAAUGCGGUCGUUAUUUCCACGUUAUGUUGAUGCAGAACUUUAAUGGUACACAAGGAGUCAAGUUUUGCUGGAAUGUUUUGUUUGAAAUUUUAAGGAAUUUAGUUUUUGAGCCUACAAUGCACAUUUGAAAUGAGAAUUCUUGCACAAAGCGAUCUUAGAGUUCCAAUCGCAACUCCCAUACUCUGACAUCGAAUUACGACAGUCGUAGUGCUAAUAUCGCCUAGAACAUUUGGUCACUGUUGCCUGUGUGAUGCUUAUAGGACAAUCCUAGUGCAAUGAAGUCUUUAAACGAAGUCAAAAACGAGAUCUAAAUACUCGGUUCAUUGCCAGUAAUACUUAGUGUUAAAGAAGGCACUUGAUUUGAAAUAUAUUUUUUUUAUUUCAAAUCUUAAUUAUUACCCGUAAUACAUUUUCAUACCUUGUUUUGACUUCAGAUGGCCGUGUUAUAUAAACUUGAUGUCGUGCAAGUGUAGUACAGUUCCCCGCUUCACAAAACUUUUUUGUUGUUUUGUUUUGGGGUAUUUUCUGACAAAGCCAUCUUAACGCUAAGAUUGUCGUAACCCCUAUUCUGUAACAAUGACUUACGGCAGUUUUAGCGCAAAGAUCGUUUUGUGAAACGGGUCCCAUGGACAAUAAUUAUAAAACUUCUUAGAAUGUUCUUAGUAUUUUACCGAGUCCCCGUGAAUGAUUAAGUCUUAAGAAAAAUCUAAGAGGCUCCACACAUUCCCAUUCAACAGUCACGUGACGCUCAUGUACGCUUGAAGGCCAGUCAACACUCAUUCGUGACCAACUCGUGUUAUUCCGGGACAAGCCGAAUAGCUUGCAGGUUACGGAAAGGGGCGAGUGGUGACGAAUGGUCAACACUGGAUGCAGCUACGCCGGCCUGCAUGUUCGUCAGGCUUUGACUUCGUGAUAUCUGAGAUCAAUUGUAUGUCGAUUGUGGCAAUUUAAAUCAGGAUCAUAGUUUUUAUUUUAUUAUAAUUAUGUAUACUUGGUGACGAGCGGGUUGCUUAUUUGUAGUAACACACGGUCAAGGGGUAGAAUGUAUUGUGUUACCUCGAUCUCAGUUUGUGUUUACCUAUUUUUUUUUGUCUUUAUGUUUUCAUUUUCCAAAUCAAUCAGUCAUUUCUCAAUGUAUAAUUAUGAUGGUAAGCGCUACUUCUAAACAGCAGCAGGGGCGGUCGGGUAGCCUAGUGUUUAAAGCGUUCGCUCGUCACGCCGAAGACCCGGGUUCGAUUCCCGACAUGGGUACAAUGUGUGAAGCCCAUUUCUGGUGUCCCCCGCCGUGAUAUUGCUGGAAUAUUGCCAAAAGCGGCGUAAAACCAUACUCACUCACUCACUCACUCAAAACAGCAGCCGGCAAAAAUAAUGUUUGCUCACAAUCUAAUUUAUAUAUUUGCAUCAGUGGAAUUUGGUAUGCAAUGAAUAUGUGCUGUACUAUCGCCUCCUCUACACGUAACCAGUAAAUCAAUUUAUUACAUUUUCUAGUUUGAAGAGUCUGACGUUUGCCUACUUAAUCCAGCAAGCGUGACUCGAACAAAAUGAAUUGUCCUUGAAAAUUAUU